UGCAAAUCUGAGGCCAUGGAAGUGUUGAAGAACUGGCUGGCUCACCCCAAAGAGCUCUACAACUUGGUGCGAUUCAAGAUGGGUGAUUACAUGAUGCCCAAGAUGGACCAGGAUUCGCUCAGCAAAAGCCUCUGUCUCUGUUACCAGUACCUCUAUCAGAGCAGUCAGAACUACGCUACAGUCAUCAUCCAGACACUCAAUGGGGAGCUGCGCCAUGCGGUUUGCAUCUUUUAUUUGGUCCUCCGGGCUCUGGACACUGUGGAGGAUGACAUGACGAUCAGCUUGGAAACCAAGAUCCCCAUUUUACAUAACUUCCAUUCCUACCUGUAUCAGCCCAGCUGGCGAUUCAUGGACAGCAAUGAUAAGGACAAACAAGUGCUGGAAGAUUUCCCAAUGAUCUCCUUGGAGUUCCGCAAGCUGUCGAAGGUCUAUCAGGAUGUCAUUGCUGACAUUUGCCGCAAGAUGGGCCUCGGGAUGGCGGAGUUCUUGGAGAAGAAGGUGGAAUCUGAAGAAGACUGGGACAAGUACUGCCAUUACGUCGCUGGUCUGGUGGGGAUCGGCCUCUAUCAGCUCUUCUCUGCAUCCAAGCUGGAGGUCCCUGUUGGUGACCAGGACACGGAGCUUGUAAACUCCAUGGGGGUUUUCCUGCAGAAAAUCAACAUCAUUCGGGAUUAUCACGAAGACCUACUUGUGGGCAGAGAGUUUUGGCCUCGAGAGGUGUGGAGCAAAUAUGUACAGAAGUUGUCGGAUCUGGCCAAGCCUGAGAACAUUGACAAAGGUGUCCAGUGUUUUAAUGAGCUCAUCACCAAUGCCCUGCACCACAUCCCGGAUAUCUUGACAUAUCUGUCACAACUGAGGAACCAGAGUGUGUUCAAGUUCUGUGCCAUCCCCCAGGUAAAAGGCAUUGCCACCUUGGCAGCCUUCUACAACAAUCCGCAGGUCUUGCAAGAAGUGGUGAAGAUCCGGAAGGGGCAAGCUGUCACGCUAAUGAUGGAUGCCACCAACAUCCAGGCUGUCAAAGCCAUCACGUUCCAGUACAUGGAAGAGAUUUACCAGAAAAUCCCCAGCAUGGAUCCUUCUUCCAGCAGAACCCAACAAAUUGUCACUUCUAUCUGUUCGUUGUGUUCACCCAGAAGGACCCUUGUCCCACGAACCCAUUACUCCCUCGGCUACUUGUCCUGCGCUAUGGUUUUGACAGCCCUAGCCUGGCAGUAUCUAAGCACAGUGUCCAAGGCGGCUUAAGAAGACUGACACUCAGGCAAGAACUGAGGAGGGAGGUGUUCUGGCACGGCAGUACCAGGAGCUCCAACUUACCUUUCCUUUGUUGAGUAUUUGCAUGUAUUCUAACGUUCUAUGCAUUUUACAAUUAGGUGGCUUUCCUUGAUUUGCAGUUAUUAGGCCAAUGACCCCUCAGUCAUCGUUGGGUU